AUGCAACAGGCCAGAAAAAAGAAGAACAAAGGUAAAAGGAGGAAAGUGAAAAAGAAAUGCUUGGACGAAAAAGAUACCUUGUCUUAUGAACAAGAGAUUUUGGAUAACAACAGACAAUUGGCACGGUUAAGAAGUCGAAAUGAAGAAAUGGAGGAAGAAACGGAACUCGCGAAAGCGAAGUUUCAGCAAUUGGAGGAGGAUCGUUCGGACGUAAUCGCGUAUUUGAAGAGAAAUUUGGAGGAGAAAAUCGAGGAAUCAAAGGAACUCUCUGAACGACUCACUGCCUUGGAAGAAUUACGAAAAGACGAGCUGGCCGUUUACAAGAAGAAGGAAGAAGCAAUGGAAUUGGAAUACCGUACGAUGGUGAACAAUUUGACUGCAGAAGUCAAAUUAGCCGCUGGCAAAUUAAACGCACUAGAAGAUUGGCGAUUAUCUCGACUCGAUUUGAUGCAAAAGUUCGAGGUCCAAGAGAAACAAAUGGCUGAACAAGAAAAACGUCAUAAGGAAGAACUUUAUGAAGCUGAAAAAUCUACUGUGAUUGGAAAGGCAAUGAUGCAGAAAGAGAUGAAGGAACAUUUGCAAAUUUUGUCAGAGAAGCUUCUGAAGGCAAUCACUUUACGAAUAACUGAUGUAAUGCAACGUACAAUUCGCGAAAACGUGGCGUUGAAUCGCGAUCUUGAUCAACUACUGAAGACCAAUAGAGAACUCGAAACCAUCAAUGUCGAACGCAAAAAAGCGGAGCAAACAUUGAGGCUGAGAUGUAAACUGUUCGAAACCGAGUCGAAGAUAACGUUGUCGAAAAUGUUGAAACAGAGGGACGCGAUUCAUCAAGUGGCAAUGGAAUAUCAAUCACUGAUAACAUACUAUGGACAAGUGGAGAGAAGCAAUAUUCGUUUCAGAGAAUUACAAGGAAUUUUAGAAGAUAUCAUUAAACGAAAAGAUGAGGUGUUGAACAAGAAAAUUAAACGAUAUGAAGAAAAUGUUUUAAUAGCGAGAGACGAAAACAAACGUUUGCUGGAAGAAGUUCGAAAAAAUGAAAAACAAUUAGACGCAUUGAAAGAUAUUUUAAAUAAUGCUAGUACCUUUCUUAACGAGGUUUUGCAGGUUGCAGAAGAAUCUUACAAUAAUCAACAGUGCAUUGGGUAUAUGGUACCAAAGGUGCUUCACUCCCUUCUUGAAAUAUUACAAACUGAUACUAUUACUGGUGCUAUAGAUUAUACCCCAUCAGAGAUUGAUAAUAUUAGUUGUAAAUAUACAAUGGGAUGUCUGGGUCUUAUCGAACCUGUUAAAGAAAAAAAAAGUAGCACUAUAAAAGAAAAGGAGGAUGUUCAAGAAGAUUUAAAGGAAGACUUAUCAAAAAGUUUGGAACAAAUACCAUCUUAUUUAUUAAGUGAUGUUAGUUCUAGUAUCUCAUCUCCUAAGGAUUAA